GUUAUAAACCAUUCACAAAUAAAGUUGUAGUUCGAAUUUUAACCGAAGAACACAACAUUCUUUUAAAAACUUAUUUUGAGUCUUCAUAUAAUAUUCGAAUUUUAGAAUAAAUGUGUUGAAUAAAGCAGUAUUUUUAUUAAAGAACUAAUGGUACAAAAAUUCAUUGUGCACAUGUUAGUGAUUGUUGGGAUUAAAAUAUCCCACGUCAGUUGUGAAUGAAAUUAUAAUCUAGGAUAAUUAAUGCCAUGUUUAUAAUUCAUUAAAAAUCUGCGUUCAUUUUGGAAUCCAAUUCAAUUUUGGAAACAGUUCUAAAAAUAGAUUUUGGCAAAAAAACAAACAAACAAAGAAGUUACUAAAUAAGUGAAUCAAACACACUCUACAAAUUUAUUGUGAAAAUUGCAAUAAACAAUUUCCUCAUCAUGGCGAAAAAAACUGAAAAAUUAUGUAUUGACGAUGCUCUUGCUGAAACACAAUUCGGCAAAUUUAAUUACUUCAUCAUUUUUAUAUCGGGAAUGAUUAUGAUUAACGUGGUCCUAGAAUGUAUAGGAAUUGGUUUCGUUUUACCUGUGAUCAACUGUGAUAUGAAUUUAUCUUAUCAAAAAAAGGGAAUACUUGGGGCAGUUAGUUUUUUGGGAAUGAUUUCCAGCUCACAUCUGUGGGGAUUUUUGGCUGAUACAACUGGACGCAGAAAUGUUAUGAGGCCCACGCUAUUUAUUGGUUAUUUUGUAACUUUGAUUUCAAGUUUUUCACCAAACUUUUGGACUCUUGUUAUUUUGCGGUACAUCAAUGGAUUUAUGAUAUGUGGUGGUUCUGCAACAGUUUUUGCCUACCUUGGGGAAUUUCACAGCAACCAGCACAGGCACCGCGCUAUUAUGUCAGCAGCUUUUCUAUCAGCAGCCACAGCAAUUUUUCUUCCACUAAUAGCUUGGGCUAUUAUAAACCAACAUUGGUCAUUUGAAAUUCCAAUUUUAGAGUUGACAUAUAAACCCUGGAGGCUGUAUAUUGUUUUACUUGGAUCAAUUGGUCUGAUAUGUGGAUUAAGUCUGUUCUAUAUUCCUGAGAGUCCUAAAUAUCUCCUUUCGAUUGGUAAAGAAGAAGCUGCCAUUAAAGUAUUACGAAAAAUGUAUUCAGUCAAUACUGGCAAUAGCCGUGACAGUUUUGAAAUUACAUCAAUUAAACCCGAUAAUGAUGAAGUUCAAAGAUUCAAAGUGAAGAAUGACAAAAGUGUAUCGGCGGUCGUAAAAUCCAUGUGGCAGCAGACGGUUCCCCUAUUUAUGCGAGAACACUGCAGGAAAACAAUUCUAGCUUGUUUAAUUCAAUUUUGGCUUUAUUAUUCAGCUCAUGGAGUAUACAUAUGGUUUCCAUUCUUUGUCAAUAAAGUUAUGCAAUUCACUAAAGCCAACCCGGAUGCAAGGCUUGACAUUUGUGGAAUUGUGUAUCAUAUGCAAGAAACCAUUGCUAAUGCAACAAAUUUGGCUGUUGAAAAUAAAACUUGUGUUGCAGUCUUAGAGCCAUCAACUUAUAAACAUACCUUAGCCUUUGAGUUUAUAUAUUUGGCUUUAUUUUUGGGUUCAGGUUUCUCUACAGGAAAAUUUGGUCGAACACCAAAUCUGUUUAUUGUUUUAUUCGUUUGUGGCACAUGUGGAGUCUUAAGCGCAGUUGUUACAGUACCAAUAGUAGCUGUGUAUUUUCAAAUUAUUUUGCUUGUAUGCGGAAUUGCUACACCAAUCGUCAAUAUAAUUGCUGUGGACAUAUUUCCCACUAAUCUAAGAGCAAUGGCUGUGUGUAUUUCUCUUAUGCUCGGAAGAAUUGGAAGUGUCACUGGAACCAAUGUUGUGGGCAUAUUAAUUGAAGAUUAUUGUAAGACUUCAUUACUUACAGCCAGUAUUCCGCUCAUAGUGUGUGCAUUCUUAUCAUUACUUCUACCUAACGGCGAAGAACCGAAGAAAAAGAAAAACAUGAUUUCCAAUAUAUACUCGUACAUAAUCAUGGCCAAGAAAACUGAGAGGGUAUUUAUUGACGAUGCUCUGGCUAAAACAAAAUUCGGAAAAUUUAAUUACUUGCUUAUUCUUUUAUCGGGAAUGAUUAUGAUAAAUGUGGUCCUGGAAUGUGUGGGAGUUAGUUUUGUUUUACCUGUGAUCAAUUGUGAUAUGGAUUUAUCUUAUCAAAAGAAAGGAAUUCUUGGAGCUGUAAGUUUUCUGGGAAUGAUUUCUAGCUCACAUCUGUGGGGAUUUUUGGCUGAUACAACUGGACGAAGGAAUGUCAUAAGACCGACACUGAUUGCUGGAUAUUUUGUGAGUGUGAUCUCGAGUUUCUCUCCAAACUUUUGGACUCUUAUUAUUUUGCGUUACAUCAAUGGAUUUUUGAUUUGUGGUGGUUCUGCAACAAUUUUUGCCUAUCUUGGAGAAUUUCACUGCAACAAACUGAGGAACCGUGCAAUUCUGUCAGCGGCAUUUAUUUCAGCAGUCACAGCUAUUUUCUUUCCACUAUCAGCUUGGGCUAUUAUUAAUCAACAUUGGUCCUAUGAAAUUCCAAUCUUAGAAUUGACAUACAAACCAUGGAGGUUGUAUAUCUGUGUAAUUGGAACACUCGGCUUGAUAUGUGGACUCACUCUUUUCUUCAUUCCCGAAAGCCCGAAGUAUCUUUUGUCAAUUGGUAAGGAAGAAGCUGCCAUUAAAGUGUUAAGAAAAAUGUAUUCAAUCAAUACUGGUAAUACUCGUGCUAAUUUUGAAAUAACUUCAAUUAAACCUGACAAUGAUGAAAUUCAAAAAUUAACAGUAAAUAAUGGAAAAAGUGCUUCGGCAAUUGCUAAGUCGAUGUGGAAUCAGACAGUUCCAUUGUUUAUGCCAGAACACUGCCGAAAAACCCUUCUGGCGUGUUUUAUCCAAUUUUGGCUUUUCUACACAGCUCAUGGAUAUUACAUGUGGUUUCCCUUCAUUCUCAAUAAAGUUAUGCAAUAUACUAAUUUGAAUCCAGAUGAUAGGCUUGAAAUUUGCGAUAUUGUAAAUGCUAUGAAAGAACCCAUUACUAAUGCAACAGAUAUGUUUUUUGAAACGAAAACCAGUUGUAAUGCGGUUAUGGAGUCAUCAACUUAUAAACAUACCUUAGCUCUUGAGUUAGUAUAUUUGAGCUUAUUUUUGACUACAGGUUAUUCAACUGGAAAAAUUGGAAGAUCUCCGAAUCUUUUUAUUGUUUUAUUUGUUUGUGGGACAUGUGGAGUCUUGGGUACAAUUGUAACAGUCCCGAUAGUGGCUAUUUACCUUCAAAUUGUUCUUCUUGUUUGUGGAAUAGCAACAUCGAUUGUUAAUAUAAUAACUGUGGAUAUAUUUCCAACUAAUCUCAGAGCAAUGGCUGUAUGUAUUUCUCUUAUGCUGGGGAGAAUAGGAAGUGUUACUGGAACAAAUUUUGUUGGUAUAUUAAUUGAAAACCAUUGUAAAACAUCCAUGUUUUCUGCCAGUAUUCCCUUAUUAGUGUGUGCUUUCUUAUCUUUACUUCUUCCAAAUGGCGAAGAACGAAAAAAGAACAAAAAAUUUACUGACUUAGCUGCUUAAAAGCAUUAAAUAUAAAUAUUGUGUACG